GAGAAUAGAAAGGAAUGAAGAAAUUCAAUCGGAUACAAUUCUACUUUGACGUCCGCAAGAACAACAACACUCUCUCUCCUCUUUCUCUCUCUAAACUUACAGCGAAGAACAGGAAAUUCCUCUCAUUCUCUCCACAAAUACAGAGAUUCAACAGCACCUGUCAUUAAUCACGCUUCAACUUCUAACCUAAAAACCCUAAUUCUUCCCAUACACACGAUUACUAUUCGUGUCAAACACGAAACACACAAGAAGAAGAAAAAGUGAACAGUAUUGAAAUUAGUGUUUCUUCUUCAAUUCGUUACUCUGGUUUCAGGAUUUUCGUCUUGAGCAGGUAAUUUGUGCUGCAGAGGUGGGAUUUCGUCGAAUGGUUACUAUGUUUUUGAAACAAUGAUAAGUUAUGCGGAGAUUAAUGAGAGAAGUGAGUGAAAAUCGGUACUUUGAAACUGCUAAUACGGAACUAGGAUGUUCAAGGCCGAAGAAUGUUUUAGGUUUUUUGGAAAUUCUCUUGUGUUCAGGAACACUCAACAGCAUAAGCUUAGAUGUCAAGGUUUUCGGUUCUUUUUGUUCAAGCUGCCAAUUGCUUGCUGGUUUGAGUGAUACACAGCUACUUGUCUGAUAACAAUCUUAGCGUUUUAGAUUCUUAGGCACGAUUUUACUGUGGUUUCAUACUUUCAUGUCAGUUUAUGUUGAAGUUGUGAUUUAGAGAAGUUUUGUAGGUUUUUUCUUUCUUUCUUUCGGGAAGAUGGUACCUCCAGGGCCACCCACUCCACUUGCUGGUGCACAGUCUGUUCCAUCUUCCAUGUUACGGUCAAAUUCAGGUUUAAUGGGUGGUCAAGGGGGUUCGGGUUCUCAGUCUGGCUUUCCUUCACUUGUCUCACCACGCACCCAGUUCAAUAACAUGAACAUGGUUGGAAACGUGUCAUCUCUCCUACAUCAGUCUUACAGUAAUGGAGGCCCAAAUUCCCUAAGGGGUAUGAUUGAUAACGGGGUCGAUUCUAUUUCUGACCCAUUGUCCGGCAUAGGAAAUGGGAUGGGUUUUAACGCCCCUUCUUCAUCUCUUGGUCCAAAUAUGGUCAACUCAAAUGCAAAUACACCGGGUCAACAAUUUUCAAAUUCAUCUGCCAACCAGAUCUUGCCAGAUCAGCAACAACGUGAAUCUCCAAACUUGCGGCAGAAUCAGCAGUAUUCUGUCCCUAACAAUAACAUCCAGCAGCAGCAGCAGCAGCAGCAACAGCAGUAUCAAAACAGUCAAGGUGGAUUAGGUGGUGUAGGACAAGUGAAAAUGGAACCACAGGUGACAAAUGACCUUCAUGGGCAAAGUUCUCAACAGAUGCAAGCCUUGCGUAAUCUUGGUCAGGUCAAAAUGGAACCGCAACAGGUUCAGACCAUGAGAAGCUUACCGCCUGUAAAAAUGGAGCCCCAACACUCUGACCCGUCGUUAUUUCUGCAACAACAGCAACAGCAGCAGCAACAACAGUUGCUUCACAUGUCGAGGCAAGCUCCUCAGGCUUCUGCUGCCCAAAUUAAUCUUAUGCAUCAACAAAGAUUCUUGCAGCUACAGCAUCAGCAGCAACAACAACAACAACUAUUGAAGAGUAUUCCUCAGCAACGUUCUUCACUUCAACCACAGUUUCAACAAGCAAUGAGAUCUCCUGCAAAGCCCGCGUAUGAACCGGGGACAUGUGCAAGACGGUUGACACAUUAUAUGUAUCAGCAACAACAUCGGCCUGAAGACAACAACAUUGAGUUUUGGAGAAAAUUUGUGUCUGAGUACUUCGCUCCUAAUGCCAGGAAGAAAUGGUGUGUUUCCUUGUAUGGUAAUGGACGUCACACUACUGGAGUUUUUCCUCAGGACGUAUGGCAUUGUGAGAUAUGCAAUAAGAAGCCAGGCCGUGGUUUUGAGGCGACCGUGGAAGUUCUGCCAAGGCUUUUCAAAAUAAAGUAUGAAAGCGGUACCUUGGAGGAGCUCCUAUACGUUGAUAUGCCAAGAGAGUAUCAGAAUUCAUCGGGUCAAAUAGUGCUUGACUAUGCAAAAGCCAUACAAGAAAGCGUUUUUGAGCAACUGCGGGUUGUCCGUGAUGGUCAGCUACGGAUAGUUUUUUCUGCUGCAGAUUUGAAGAUAUGCUCUUGGGAAUUCUGUGCUCGGCGUCAUGAAGAGCUUAUUCCGAGGAGACUGCUGAUACCACAGGUUAGUCAACUAGGUAAUGCAGCUCAGAAAUAUCAGGCUUCAACUCAAAAUGCCUCAUCAAGUUUAUCUGUACCAGAAUUGCAGAACAAUUGUAGCAUGUUUGUUGCUUCAGCUCGUCAGUUGGCUAAAGCAUUGGAAGUACCAUUAGUUAAUGAUUUAGGAUAUACGAAGAGAUAUGUCCGCUGUCUUCAGAUAUCAGAAGUGGUCAAUAGCAUGAAGGAUUUGAUUGAUUACAGCCGAGAAACUAGGACUGGGCCUAUGGAGAGCUUAGCUAAAUUUCCACGAAGAACAUCUUCCACAUCCGGUCUUCAUAUCCAAUCCCAACAACCUGAAGAACAGCAAAAGCACCAGCAACCAACAUUAAACAACAAGGAGACGUCUGCUAUGCAAAUCGCAUCCACAAACGGCGUGAUGGCAAGUGUAAAUAACUCUAACCCCGCACCUCCAAAUUCUUCCAACACCACCAUUGCUGGCCUGCUCCACCAGAAUUCUAGACAACACCAAAAUCCACUUACUAACCCAAGUAGCCAGUAUGGCGGCAUUCAGGUCCAGAUUCCACCGUCUCCAGGAUCCUUUAGUACGGUACAGCAGCCACAAUCUCACCCUAACCCCUCUCCGUUUCAAUCACCGACCGCAUCAUUAUCUAAUGCUCCUCAUAACAGUGCCAUGGCGGCAUCAGGAGCACAUUUGAGUUCCGCCACCUCCCCGAAUAUCUCCAUGAGUGAUGCAGAUGUUAAUGACUCUCAAAGCUCUGUCCAGAAAAUUAUACAGGAAAUGAUGAUGUCAUCCCAACUUGGCGGCAGCGGCGGUGGAAAUUCUAAUGAUUUAAUUCAGGCAGGUAAUAAUAAUUUGGGUGUUAUGGGAAACGGCAGCAUGGGUACUGGUGGUCAAACUCAAACAGGUAUGGUCAACGGGAUCCGAGGUGCAAUGGGUCAUAAUAAUUCUUUGGGUAUGAAUGGAAGGGUUGCAAUGCAGAUGAAUCAUCACCAUCAUCCGCAGCAGCAGCAGCAGCAGGACUUAGGGAGCCAAUUACUUAAUGGUCUUGGAGCCGUUAACGGCUUCAAUAAUCUCCCGUUUGACUGGAAACCAUCUCCUUAGAAGAAGAGGUAAUGGUGAAGAUAAAGAUAAUGUCGUUAUAUCCAAAAGUAUUCUAUAAUGGUGGUGUGGUUGGAAGAUUUUCGAAUCUUGUUUCGACAUUGUGAAGAAGUAGACAGACACGCAAGCAAGCAAGCAAGCAUAUGAUGGUGUUGAAAUACCGACAUCAUGGAACCAAGUGAUGAUGGCGUACCUGUCCCGUUGCAUUGAACUAAUUUCAGAGAUGAAAGGAAAGACAGAGCAUGGCAGUCGUUUUUUUACUUUGUUUUCUUUUCGUUUUUGGGUUUUUUUGUUUUGUUAUUCAUCUAAAUGGUUUACAUCUUUGAUAUGUUUCUUGAUUUUGUUGCCAUAUGCGUUAUGAUUGGAAGACUGCGUACUAAUGUUGUUGACACGCACGAUGAAGAAUCUAAGCGGGCGGGAUGCCAUUGUUGCUGCUCGGAUACUUGUACUAGUAUGUCGAUUGCUAUAUCUCUAUCUCUACACUAGAAGUGAGUGUAUAUAUCUAUGGAAUGUUGGAGCAGUUUAAUGUAGAAUUUAGUUUUCUUUUUCUGGGUGGUUUACUUCUGUGUUGUGAUGGUUGUGUUUACUGAGGGGUAGCUUUGGUGAACUUGUGUUAUAUAAGAUAUUAAUAUAUUCAGUUUUGAUA